AUGGCAUUCAUGCAUUGGGCGUAUGAGCUGGAAUUGGUGCUGAAGAGUGCCUCGUACCGCUCAGGCCUCAGUAAUCCUUCCCUUGAAGGCUUAUACACUCAAGCUUCUAGGCUAUCUUGGCGGUUCCUGAACCCACCUCAUGCAUGUCAGAUCUUGCGCAACGCGGAGCGGAUCUUAUGCAACGGUAAUGGACCUGCGGCCUGGCAAUGA